AUGGUAAGCUCAUAUCUAAAUAUAAGGCGCACAUUAGACUUUGCUAACAUAAAGGCGCAGGCCCCAACCGCCCCCAAAAAGCGUACCUCCAUCCGCGCCAAAUCCUCCUCCACCUCCAACUCAGGCUCCGGCCUCAUCGCGCGCCCUCCCCCCGUCCACCGCGAAGGCGCCACCAUCUCCGACAGCUUCAUAAACUCCAAAAGGGACAAGCGCACCAUCAAGUCCUCCUCAUUCCUCAACCGCAUCGAGAAAGCGCACAAGAAGCCGCUCAAGCGGCGACGCCCCAGCAAGAAGCUCGUCACGACGCUGGAGAACCUCGCGGACGCGCUACCGGAUGUCGAGGACUUGGUCAAGGGGAAGGAGCGGGACGAGGGCGGGAAGAUGCAGAUGCGGAGCUUGAAGAGCCGGCCGGGGGCGAGGAAGAGGAUGGAGAAGCUGGAGCGCAUGGAGAGGGAGAGGUUUUCGAAGAAUUUGGCGGUUAUCAUGGCCGGGUGUGCGAGCGGGGGUGAGGCUGCUGCGAGUGGUGCUGUGGCUCCCGCCGUGGGAAUGGAGGUUGAUGAUGGGGUAGAAGCUGCGCCUGUGGCUGUGGCGCCGAAUCCGGCUGUGAAUCGGUUUGCGGCACUGAGGGCGUGGGUGAGUGCGAAUAUGGAGAAGCACCCGGCUUUCGAAGGCAAGUAG